UAUUGUGUUAUCUCACCUACUACUAUCAACUUGUGAAGCAGGACAACGGUAUCGCCGGCCCUGUGACGAUUGGUGAUUUUGUGAGCGUGGAUGAGCUGGAAGGCUACCGGGUCAUGGGCAACAACUCCCUCAUGCUCCUCUACCCCAGCGGCCAGGACGAGGGCUGGUACAGGUGCUCUGCUGCCAAUGAAGGGGGACAGCAGUCAAGAGAGAUCCAGGUCAUGGUGCAGGCCACUCCAGAAGUGUUCGUGACGCCACAAGUGCUUCCCUUCAGGGCGGGAGACAACCUCACCCUCACCUGCCAGGGCCGAGGCUCCCCCCAGCUCAGCCUGGCCUGGCGGAGAGGUGACGUGGCACUCACUGAACACGCUGACACACUCGCGCCCCAGCGGAGUGCCCUGCGUGUCUUCCAGGCCACGCAGGAAGACGAGGGAACAUACACCUGCACUGCAACCAGCCCAGCAGGCACAGUAUCGGCAACAGCGACGCUGACGUACACUGAGGCUCCAGCAGUGAGGGUGGCUGAGGAGGAGCUGCUGGUGGCUGGCGGAGAGACAGCCAAGCUGCAGUGCCUGGUGACCGGGAUUCCCACGCCUUCCCUGCGCUGGUUCAGGGACGGCUCCACUCCGGUCACGCCGAUGUCCUUCAUCCAGAUGGAGGAAGAUCACCUCAAGAUCUUGGGUGUGCAGGAGAGUGACGGCGGCCGCUACACCUGCCAGGCCGUCAACAUGGCCGGCACCGCCCAGGCCCAUAUCAUCCUGCGGGUGGGCGCGGCACCCACGGUGAUCCAGGCCCCAGCGGGUGAGUGGAGUGUGGCGGCACACAGCAGGCUGUGGAGAGAGUCUUACUUGCAGAAUCCACAUAACACAUAAUCCCACUCCUUCAGUGCCAUGAUCACACUCUCUCAGUUUCAAAUAAGUUCCCUUCAGUAAAGUCAAGCUAAGCCUACUGAGCCAAGAUCUUUGCCUGGUAGGUGUUGGCAUAUUUUUUUUUUUCUUUUUUUUUUUUACAACAAAGGAGGCAGCUCAAGGGCACAUAAAAAAAGAAAACAAUAAUAAAAAAAAGCCCGCUACUCGCUGCUCAUAAAAAAGAAACAAAAGAGGUGGCCGAAAGUAAGAUCAAAUACGGGAGGAGAGGUGUCCUGAUACCCUCCUCUUGAAAGAGUUCAAGUCGUAGGCAGGAGGAAAUACAGAUGAAGGAAGAUUGUUCCAGAGUUUACCAGCGUGAGGGAUGAAAGAGUGAAGAUGCUGGUUAACUCUUGCAUAAGGGGUUUGGACAGUAUAGGGAUGAGCAUGAGUAGAAAGUCGAGUGCAGCGGGGCCGCGGGAGGGGGGGAGGCAUGCAGUUAGCAAGUUCAGAAGAGCAGUCAGUGUGGAAAUAUCGAUAGAAGACAGAAAGAGAGGCAACAUUGCGGCGGAAUUUAAGAGGUAGAAGACUAUCAGUAUGAGGAGGAGAGCUGAUGAGACGAAGAGCCUUAGCCUCCACUCUGUCCAGAAGAGCUGUGUGAGUGGAGCCCCCCCACACAUGAGAUGCAUACUCCAUACGAGGGCAGACAAGGCCCCUGUAUAUGGACAGCAACUGUGCAGGGGAGAAGAACUGGCGGAGACGGUACAGAACGCCCAGCCGCGAGGAAGCUGAUUUAGUAAGAGAUGAGAUAUGAAGUUCCCAGUUGAGAUUUUGAGUUAAGGAUAGACCGAGGAUGUUUAGUGUUGAGGAAGGUGAUAGCUGGGUGUUGUCAAAGAAUAGGGGAUAGUUGUUUGGAAGAUUGUGUCGAGUGGAUAGGUGGAGAAACUGUGUUUUUGAGGCGUUGAAGGUAGGGGUGGGCAGGUACCGGUACCAGUACCGGUACUAACAGUACCAGCUAAACGGUACGGUACCGGUACCAGAUUGCUCGGUACCGGUACCAGUUGCUCGGAUUUAUUUAUUGGAUUUAUUGAUAAUUCUUCAUGUCCGAUUUUGUUUUUAGGUUGCUCAUAAAUAUUGUUAUUGUUAUUAGACUAUGAUCGAGUACAUCCAUAAUAACUAUACAUGCUAUUUUUUUAUCGAAAAAAUAAAUAUUCACUUCAUUCAGAGAGAGAGAGAUCACCACUUAGUAAGUGGAUAUCUCGGUGAUAUGGGUAGUGGGUACUCGAUCAUAGUCUAAUAACAAUAACAAUAUAUAUUAGCGUUUUCUAAAGACUCGUGGGACUCACUAACUUUUAACCCAAGACUUCGUUUUCUUUUUACUUGCCACUGUUAAAUUCGUAUGACUCGUUAACUUUUAGAGAGAGAGAGA